AUGGAACCUCCUCCCUCACGAGUUCCAAGGCGAUGGACGCCGGAGGAAGACGUCGUCCUGCGGACAGAGGCGACAUAUCAGUUAAUCGCUGCGGGCUCGGUGAGAGAUUGGAAUAGGAUUGCAUCAAAACUUCCGGGCCGAAUGAACAAGGAUUGCCGCAAGAGAUGGAGCAAGAUAUCUGAGAAUGUAAAGAAGGGUAACUGGGACCCAGCAGAGGAUGCGAAACUCAGAGAGGCUGUUAGGGCGAUCGGAACAAGGUGGACUCAAGUCGCGGAAAUGGUCGGCACUCGACAUGCGGAUCAAUGUGCCAAGCGAUGGACCCAGUGUCUUGAUCCUUCCAUCGACCACAGUGACUGGAGAGAAGAGGAAGAUAAUAGGCUAUUGGCCGAGGUCGCAGCAUCUGGUCGGGACUGGAGGAAGAUCGUCGAGCUGUUCCCUGGCCGUACCAAGUUGGCGCUCAAGAAUCGGUACACUGCUCUUCGGCGGAAACAGCACUCUCGAUUAGCACCCAACGGCGACAGUCCUCAAUUGCAUCCAGGGUUUUCCACCCAAGCUUCUCAAUCUGUGGGUGACGACUUGAUGCAGAUAUCCGACGAACUUCCCUCAAGCGAAGAGGAGACCUGUUCUUCGAUGGGAUCGACGAGGCCGCCAUCUCGUUCCUCGAUGCACAGCAAGAGAUCACAGCCCCAGGCUGGAAGCUUCGAUAUAGUCGUGGAUUCCUCCUCGAGUUUGGCGACUCCGGCCAGUCAUGCCGACUCUGGUGACCUGUUCCAGUACAUGUCGCACACUUCAAACCAUAAUUUCGGGUUUCAACAACGCCAGAGUAUGGACCAUUCUCUAAUGGAUUCGAACAACUUCUCGCCGCUGCACUUGUCCACGUUGAGCGAGCCUAUGUUGACGCCUCGACCUGAAUACAUGCCCCCUCCAAUGCUUGAUACCACGUACCCACUACAUGCUUCUAGUCUUCCUAAUGAGUGGCUUUCAGGGGCGACGACAUCAAAUCAACACUUGCACGGUUUUCCAUUCCCUGAGUCUUUUGAUGUGCCGCCAAUGACGGGGAUGAAUCGGCAUUAUCAACCUCAGCAAGCAUCGUCGAGAAAGACCACUAUCGUGCUUGAAGACAUCGAGGAGACAACCCUGAGCAAGGUCAUGAAUAUCCUUAUUCAGGAGAAGGCAAAAGAGCAUAAAGAACUCAGCGAGAUCCUCAAUACGCUGGUUCCGGACUGA